AUGAGUUUACGUCAAGCUACGAGACCACCACCUCCGGUUCCAGCAAAACCCGGACAAGUGUCGAUUGUAAAAGCGUUAUACAACUAUACGGCACGUUCAAAAGAAGAAUUAUCGUUUGAAGAAGGUGAUAUACUGUACAUAACCGACGAUGUCAAACAUAAAGAUUGGUAUGUGGCAACCACAUCCGCUAGUCGUACAAGUGGUCUUGUGCCGAAAAAUUAUGUUGAACAAAGUACGGAAAAACUAGAGAAUGCUUUGCACGACGCGGCAAAACGAGGAAAUAUUGAAUUUUUACAACAAGCACUUGCAAAUAAGGCUUCAGUAAUCGGUUUAGACAAAGCUGGAAAUACUCCACUUCAUUGGGGUGCAUACGGUGGUUAUACUGAGUGUGUAAAUUUACUGUUACCUUUGUCAUCUUCAGUGAUUAAUCAAAGAAAUAAUGUAGGCGAUACCCCGCUUCAUCUGGCUUGUUGGAAAAACCAUCCUUCUAUUGUUCAGUUAUUACUAGACAAUAGAGCUGAUAAACAUAUUCGAAAUCAAGAUGGAAAGUUGCCUCUUGAUUUAACACAUGAUUCAGACGUUCGAUCUAUUUUAGAAGACAAAGUUAUUUUUUCUAACUAUAAACAGCGUGAUGCAGAAAAUGGUGAUGAAAAUUCAGAUUAA